UCACAUAAUAUAAACCAAUACUUGGCUUCUUCUUCUGAAGAAAAGAAACCCUAAGUUCAGUAGUCCCGCUCGCCGCAGAAGCAGCAAAAACAAUGGUGAAGUAUUCCAGAGAGCCCGACAAUGCCACCAAAUCUUGCAAGGCUAGGGGAUCCGAUCUCAGGGUUCAUUUCAAGAACACAAGGGAAACAGCGCACGCCAUCAGGAAGUUGCCCCUAGUGAAAGCCAAGAGAUACUUGGAAGAUGUGCUUGUCCACAAGCAGGCUAUUCCUUUCACUCGUUUCUGUCGUGGUGUUGGCCGUACUGCUCAGGCCAAGAACAGACAUUCUAAUGGUCAGGGUCGCUGGCCCGUGAAAUCCGCCAAGUUUAUCUUGGACUUGCUCAAGAAUGCUGAGAGCAAUGCCGAGGUGAAAGGUUUGGAUGUGGAUGCACUUUUCAUUUCUCACAUUCAGGUUAACCAGGCUCAGAAGCAAAGGCGCCGCACAUACCGUGCCCAUGGAAGAAUUAAUCCGUACAUGUCAUCACCAUGCCACAUUGAGUUGACUCUGUCCGAAAAGGAAGAGUCUGUGAAAAAGGAGCCUGAGACUGAACAGAAGAUUUCUAAAGUAUCCAAAACUAGGUCUUGAGAAUCCUUGUUGAUUUUUGCUGGAUUAUAUUAGUUCAAGUUUUGAAUUUGUCUUUCAUCUGUGGUGUUUUUUUUCAAAUUUGAAUUCUGUUGUUGAGAUAAUUAUUUUUGUUACCUUUAGAGGAUAUUUUGGAUUUAUCAUAUGCCUUUUGUUGAAUGCUGAUUGGUAAAAUGCUUUAUUGGUUUUCAAAAUCAUCAGUGGUGGUGUAUUUUGCGGUA